AAAUGUUGAGCUAACAUGUAGUUUGAAUGCAUUUUCUUAUUGAUCCAGGUACGUGUUCUUUAGAUUUCAAUCGAUUCCCCUAUGAACCUCACAGCGAGUGCUUUGACAAUGCAAUUCGUCCAUUAACUACACAACCAUGUUGUCGUUCUGCGCUGCAAUCUCUUUUUCAAGCAAUGACUGUCAGAGCAAACCAGUCUCGGUCCAAAUUCCUCGAGGCAACUGAAGCUCAAGAUUGCAGUGAAUCAUUUCAAGCUCUUCACAAUAGGACUAAUCUGUCCAUAUGUGAAAUACAAGGCUUCAUAUCCUCUUCAACACCCCCAAAUUUGUGCUCAAAAAGUACUGAUUCGGUCAUUAGUGUUCUCGGGGUUGAGAGAUUUAGCGACUUCAAGUCCAAUUGUAAAGGCUUGUCGACGAGUAAUUAUAGCGAUGAUGCAUGUUUUAACUGCUUAGUUUCAUAUAAGCAGUCCUUGGAGGCUUUUGGAGAAGGUGAUAGUUCAAAAUGGUGCCCUGAAGCUCUCCUUGUAAGUCUUGCCAGCGGGGACGUUGAGUCUCCGAAUUGGGUUCCUGCAACAUUUUCUUGUUUAUGGAACGAGAUAAACAACUCGAUCGCAACAACUAGUCCCAAGAAAGAUGGGUAUAUCAUGGGUUCCAAGAAAGUACUAAUCAUCGUGAUCCUGGCAGCGUCGCUGUUAAUUGUGGCUCCAAUUCUUUAUCAGUUAACAAGGAAGCAACUACUACACGACAACGAAAAGGAGAUCAAAGAUUUAUCAGUUAUGGUGCUUGAGAAGACACUUGAAGAUGAAUCCAGCGGACGAUUUGCCAGCUCUGAUCUCUUUGUAUUCUCACAAGAUGAAAUGACAAAAGCUACCAAAUUUUUCGACAAUCUACAUUUGAUUGCAGAGGGGACUAAUGGCGGAACUUACAUUGGAAUUCUGCCAAAUGGAAUGAGGGUUGCAAUCAAGAAACUCGACCAUGGUAUUAAGAUUGCUAGUUUUCUCGACGAGUUAUGCAGAAAAGCAAAGAUCAGGCAUCCGAAUCUGGUCAGCGUUCUCGGUUACUGUCAAAGCAUGGAUCACUGCCUAGUUUAUGAAUAUUGUGCUAAUGGUGAUUUAGCAAGCUGGCUUAUAGGAAGUGAAAAUAAGAAACCAAUCUUAACAUGGGAGCAAAGGUUGCGAAUAUCGAUGGAUAUCGCGCGAGGAUUAUCAUAUAUGCAUAACAAUCCGUUUCAGAAGACGGUUCAUGGAGAUAUAAAGAUAAUGCUAACAGUACUCAUCUUGACACAGUUAACAAACAUAUUGUUGAAUGAGAAUCUAGAGGCCAAGAUCUCACUUUCUGCACUGUCGAUUCACAACGUGAAGGAACGAAAUGAAUCAGAAACUACAGCGAAAGAUGUCUUCGAUUUCGGGGUUGUGUUGCUUCAACUUCUGACAGGAAGAAGACCAGAUUCUCUGGUUGAUACGGCCAAGGCUCUCAUGGUGGAAGGAAGAAGCACAAAUGAUAUAGCAGAUCCCUAUUUAAGAGGUGCACAUGAUUCAAAUCAAUUUCAAAUCAUGUUGUCCAUGGCUGUUCAAUGUGGAUCACCAAAUGAACGUCAAAGACCAAACAUGGUGCAGGUUUUGAGAAAACUUGAGGAAGCAUGA